GCAGCCUCAUUUUGUUGUUGAUGUUGUUGUUGUGUUUAUAACCUAUUGCAAACCAUGGCUCCUCGUCGAGAAGAUAUUUUGGAAUACGAUGGUUGCAACUUUCUGCGUCAAAGACUUCUGUUGUCUACUUUAAGCGGAAAGCCAGUAAGAGUAAAGGGAAUUCGAAGCGAUGACAACGAGCCAGGAUUAAGAGAAUUUGAAGUCAACUUGAUCCGGCUACUUGACAAACUAACCAAUGGAUCAACAAUUGAAGUUAACGAGACUGGUACUUCGCUGUAUUACCAGCCAGGAUUGUUGAUAGGGGGAACACUAGAACAUGAAUGCUGUAAGCAACGAGGAAUUGGAUAUUAUCUUGAAGUUCUUUUGGGACUUGGUCCUUUCUGUAAAAAGCCACUAAGUAUUAUCCUGCGCGGUGUGACAAAUAAUGAGACCGAUCCAUCCGUGGACUCAGUGAAAUUAUCAGCAAUGCCCACUCUGAAGAAGUUUCUAAUUGUUGAUGAUGGUAUGGAAUUUAAAAUAAAUAAGCGAGGUAUGGCUCCAGAAGGUGGUGGCGAAGUUUUCUUUCGUUGUCCUAACCUUAAACAACUCAGGCCACUGGUGUUUCUAAAUCCUGGAAAAAUAAAAAGGAUACGAGGAACAGCCUAUGCUGCCAGGGUUUCACCAGCAAUUGCUAAUCGUAUAAUUGAUGCUGCAAAGGGAGUUCUUCUCAAGUUUCUC